AGUUUGCGUGGUCUCAGCUCUGCUGCAGAUCAGUUUCAGCCGGGCAGCAGUGAAGAGGCUGUGAAACACACUCAGAUGAAGCGAGGAACGCUCAGAUAGGCAACAAAAGAAAGGAAAACCAGGCCAAGAAGGUCAGAGGGUGCAGUAACAGCAGCUAUCAAAACUAGAAGCGUGAAGACUGGAGGUCUACUUCAGCUCGAAGGAAGGAUGGUCUUCCAGGUGAGAAGCCCUGCUGCUCGUCUGCUGCUCUUCGUGUUUGGGGUUUCUUGCAUCCUGGGCCAGGACCUCAGGGAGACGGACGCUCUGUGUAACGCAGACGGCUGCUUCGUGGUCUACUUCCAACGCAGGAUCUUCCUGGAUUCAUGGAGGGCCUGCAAAGAGAAAGGUGGCAACCUGGCUACGAUCAAACGCAAAGAGGACGCCGACGCCAUCGCUGCGCUUUUCUCCGCCGUGGACUUGCCGGAUUCAAGCACCACAGUCCAAGUGUGGAUUGGCCUGCAGCGGCAACCUCGGCACUGCAGCGCCAAGCACCCGCUGAGGGGUUUCUCUUGGACCACCGGUGAUCAAGACACUCAGUAUACCAACUGGAGAGGAGAGGACUCUCUGCGGAUGUGUUCAGUGCCUCGUUGCGUUGCAAUGAGCUACAGCAGUCAGGAGCAGAGCGAUAACUUCACGUGGCUGGACGGCGCGUGCUCUGUCCCCGUCGAUGGCUAUCUUUGCCAUUACUCUUACAAAGGAAUGUGUUCAGCCUUGUGGAGCGAAGGUGCUGGGAACGCCCUCUACAAAACGCCGUUUAACCUUCUAAGCACAAUCCUAACCCACAUACCGUUGGGAUCUGAUGCUACCGUACCCUGUCCCUCUGGUGACGAGCAGGAGAAGUCGGCCCAGUGCAUGCUGAGGGCCGACGGCACGGUGGGAUGGUCCCCUGAACCCCCACUUUGCUUGGAUCCUUCAGUCACGCACAACUUGUGUGGCCGGGAUAACGGGGGAUGUCAGCACUACUGCAGGUCGACUGGUGGUCACGUCUUCUGCGAAUGCGCUGAGGGGUACCGCCUCGGGGACGACAGGCAGACCUGUGAGCUCACGGACGUCUGUCACGGAGCCCCCUGUCAGUUCGAGUGCCUGCGCUUUCAGGAGAGCUACCGCUGCGCCUGUCCCGAGGGAUACAUGCUCGCGCCGGAUGAGAGCACCUGUCUGGACGUGGACGAGUGUCUUCAGAGUCCUUGUGAGCAGCUUUGUGAGAACUUCCCCGGGACAUUUGAAUGCCGAUGUCGAGAGGGUUACUUUCCAGAUGAUGCGGGUGGAUGUGAGGAUGUAGAUGAGUGCAUGGAUAACCCAUGUGAACAUGCUUGUGAAAACACCCCAGGGUCUCAUGUCUGCCACUGCCAUCUGGGCUUUUCACCGGUUCCUGGGGAGCCCAGCCAAUGCCAGGAUGUCGAUGAGUGCCAGAUCCGUGAUUCCUGCGAGCAGAUGUGUGUGAACUAUGACGGGGGUUUUGGGUGCUACUGUAAGGAGGGCUAUGAACUCAUGUCUGAUCAAUACUCCUGUCAGGAGAUCGCGGCUGCUUUCACUCACAAUCCUGAACCCGAGUGGGACCCUUCCAACUACAACUGGAACCCGGAGCAGAGCCACGUCAGCUGGCCUAAAGAGAGCGACCAACGUCCAGACUGGCUUACUAAUCCGCCAAAAGUUUCCGUUUCUGAUGUUAUCUGGGUCACUAGAGCGCCCCAGGAUGAACUUUACUUUGACCCAGAACUGGACCUUCAGACACAAGGAGAUGACAGAGGGGCAAAGGAACCUGACUGGAGUUCUGAUCCUGACUUCCAUGUCCUACCGAUAACCAUCUACGACAAACUUCUGCCCACCACCACCAGCUCCAGCACCACGCCCGUCUGGUAUGAAGAUGAUGAGGAGACCACUUCUGCUCCUCCAUUCCAUCCAACCUCCACAACCUCUGAGGGAGCCUGGAAUUGGUGGCCAGGGCCUCUCACUUCCACCCGCAGCCUCACUUCUAACCCUAACCCAAGGCCGGAAGAUUCGAUCCCAGAUGACGACCCCUCUACAGAGUCGGAACACGAGAAGUUACCGGAAGAAGAGGAGACCCUCCGUGGUGAAAUCCCUCAGGUCCCAGUGGAGGACUCAGGAAAUGUGGAUACAACACGCUUUCAAGGCCCCGCUGCCCCCACCCACUUCACCACACCCCAGCCACCCCUGGCUGAAGGCGGGAGGAGUGGGGACGGCCAGGACGACAGGGAGCAGAGUCAGGGCAGCACGUGGCUCCUGGUGGGCCUCCUCGUACCCAUUUGCAUCUUCAUCGUGGUGAUGGUGGCGCUGGGUAUCGUCUACUGCACCCGCUGCGCCGUCCAGCCCAAAAACAGGAAGACCACCGAGUGCUACCACUGGAUAUCCGGGGCUCAUGACAAGCCGGGAGCUCCCAACGCCGCCGCGGGGGUCAAGAGCCAGGUUUAACCGGAGAGGAGACCCCCCAGCGUGUACAUAAACAUAAACUUGAGUAAUUAAACCCGGUGAACCGCUGCCUUCUCUGACGGCAGAGUUGUCCUUCUGGACUCUGACGUUGCUGAUGGAUGUUAUAAAGGGACGUGGUCCAGGGGGGGGUUGUUGUUCCCUGACACCAGCUUCCUUCAUGAUUGCACUAGCUGGUUACAGAAAAUAUAUCACUGACUUCAGGGUUUCACAGCUGGAGGGAAGUGUGUGUACCGACGGAGUUAGUUGUUUUCCAUGGUAACAAACUUUACUCUGAGGUCUCCUUCCAGCAAAGGUCCUGAUGCUGGGUUCAUUUCAAUAGCAGAUCACUGUAGACGUGACGGGCCGGGGCUGUCGCUGGAUGCGUGGGCGAAGCAUCUGGUCAUCAGGGAUCAGUCAGGGAAAUGAAAACAGAGUACCAACCAUUCACAGCCAUGUUCACAAAUCCGUCCGUAGAUGGGCUCAUUUAGAAGGCAUUUUGGUAUUUGGUAUUUAAUUAGCAUGAAAAAAUACAAACUGUGUAACUAUUCAUAGAUGCAGAAGUAAAGGAGGUCAUUGAAUGCAACAGAGCGCUCUGAUUUACUGAAACGAUCGAGACGUUUAAAGUAAAACGGACAUUUUUAAAUGCCUGAAAUUUUGUUAAUUUUUCUUUUUUUUUCCUUAUUCUUUUCCGAAUACAUGUUUAAAAUGUGCUUAUUUAAUAAUAAACCAUUAAACAAUAGCUUUUCUUAAAACAGUCAUUAAAACAUCCACUAAGAAAACAAAUUCAGCCAUUUAUUGACAAAUGAGUUUAGUUCGUCAUCUCUAGUUCUAUUUCCCGAGUCAUCCCUGACCGCCGGCUUGCUCUAUUCCCGCUCCGGCGACUUUCCCAGUUUCAGAUUCACAACGUUUCUCCAGGGGAUCCACGACUGUAAAAGUCCCCGCCACAGCAAAGAAGAUCUUUCUUCUUGAUCAGUCUUUAAAAUCACUGUGUUGUGCCGGACGGUUGAUGAUAUCAAGUACUUCUUUGUAUAUACUGGUUAUUUUAUCAUGUUUUGUAUAUUUAUGUUGGUUCGUCCACGUGUUUGGGGACCUUUGAACGUUUGGGACUCAGCCUAUAAACCUGCGGACACGUCCAGGCGUGGACACCUGCUGUGUCUGGACUUGUUUGAUCUCGUAAAACGGAGUUAAAGCGCAGAUGUUCUGGACGCUGGGUUCGGCGUGGACCUAUGAUGUGCUCUGGCGGUGUUGAACCGCGUCCAGACCGCAUCCAGACCUCUUCCGGUGAACUUUCUUCCUCUUCUUCAUUCAUAAUUAAACCACAAACAUUUCCCACGGCAGGUUCCCACCAGCAGACCAGAAAAAGACUCCUACCCGCCCUCUCAGUGUAUUUUUCAUGUUGUGUGUUCCAGAUGUACACGUGUAUGUCUCUGCUUCAUAACUGUGACGCCAGUUACAUCUUAACAAUUAAAGAUUAU